GAAAGGGAGCAGAGGGUGCCGGCCGGUGUCGGAGGGGUCGUGAAAGCGCGCCAGUCGACGCCAGUCGACGGCGAGACUUCGUCCGCGUAGCUUCUACCUCUUUCGCUUAUCCAUCCGUCUAUCUGUUGCUUAUCAUUGUGAAAUUUCCGUUGCAAUCGACGCGUGUAAUUGAUCUUCGCACGAACGUUUCCGCGAAAUAUUCGCAAAGGAGUGGAAGAGAUCACGUGACAGCCGCGGGACCAUCGUCUCGAAUUUAUCGAGAGUGACAUCUACGGACGCGGAUCUUCGCUUCGAGAGACGGGACCGUUUGAUGUAGACUCGAGGAGCUAUGACGAGGACGACGCGCCGAUUUUUAUUGCUGCUGUUGCAGAUGCUGAUAGGGGUUUGUCAUGGGAUCCAGCAAUUUGAUGAAACGCCGCAGUACACCGAGGUCAAUCCUGGCCAAGACGCGAAGCUGGUGUGUCGAGUCCUUGGAAAGAGAGGGCAGUGCAUUUGGCAGAAGGAUCAAAAGCCAAUAGGUAUGCACCUGAAGAAAUACGAAUGGGUGGGUUCACCAGAUAUCGGUGACUGCUCGUUGUGGGUGAGAUCGGCCACCUUAGAGUUUGACGACGGACUCUGGCAAUGUCAAGUAACCGCAAGUGAUUUCACGACGCAAGACGCGUUAGCAUCCGAACCAGCGAGGCUGGUCGUCAGAGUCAGCCCUCAGCGACCGCAGAUAGAGUACACCGACCGUCUAAUUCUCCCCGGCAGCAACGUGACAGCCCGAGCAGGUGAGAUCGCUACGCUCACAUGCAGAGCGCGGUAUGGGAAUCCUUCGCCUCUAAUUAAAUGGUACGUUGGCGAGAUCGAGCUGAGGACAUUGCGGCCUCAGGUAAACUCGACCGAGAUAGAUAAUCCACGCACUUGGGCGACCUACAGUGUUUGCGAGAUUCUGGCCGAGCGAUCACGUUACGGCCAGCCGAUCAGAUGCGUUGCCAUCCAUCCGGCAUACGCCAAUCCUACCAUGUCGUCCAGCACCGAAGUGAGAUUCGACGUGCGAUACGCGCCGGAGACGAGAUUAGUCGGCGUCCCAACCGGCCAGCUCGAGGAGGGCCGCGAUCAACUGGAAAUCCGAUGUCUCGCCGACGCUAAUCCGCCGGCUUCGAUACUUUGGAGGAAAACGAAAAGUCCUGGCGUGACCGAAGUAGCCAGUAUUGGAGAAACCCUGAUGUUCUCCCCGAUUUACAGAAAUCACGCCGCCGUUUACCUCUGCGAGGCAUCCAACACCGAGGGGGAGAGCAGUCCGGUCUCGGUCCAAGUAUCCGUAAACUAUCCACCGAUGAUCAGCGCAGUCGGGCCAGAUCGAUUAACAACUGCAUUGUUGUACUCUGGUGCGUCAUUCGAAUGUCACGCAGAUGCGAUGCCGCCGGCUGAAUACAGAUGGGCGCAGAUAUUCACGGACGGCCGCAUGCCGUUGGAAUGCGGAACGGGGCAGCGAUUGAUCCUGACGAACGUGACGUACGAGCAACAGGGUCAAUAUAUAUGUCUUGCCUCCAACAAGAUCAAUGGCAACGUCAGGGAAGUUAAAAGCGACCCUGUGUCCCUGCAAGUGGUCGGCGCUCCAAGGGUGGUGAAGCCAGCCAUCACAGAGAAGUUCGUCGUCGUAACGACGGAGGGUAGCCCGGCCAGAUUAGAGAUCAGACUGUGCUCGGACCCGAAGCCGCGGCUCGUGGCCUGGGAAUGGGGCAGCACCAGACUACACGCCGGUGAAGUUCUGGAACCGCGUUAUCGCGCGCUCGAUCUGGAGCCGCUGGCUUCGGAGGAUUGUUACAUAGCGAUCUUAGAGUUGACAAGUACGGUAAAAGAGGAUCAAAGGCUGUAUCAUGUUAUCGUGGAGAACGAUCGUGGCAGUGACAGACGAGCGCUCAUGCUGAAAGUCGAUGAGCCCGGUCAGAUCCCGCUCGUUAUCGGCGCGGUAGCUGGAUUCACAGUGCUCUCGGUGCUGAUAAUGGGAUUCGUUUGUUUCCUACGUUCGGAUAGAUGCUGCGUAGCCAGAAACACAGUACCGGCACUGCAGCAAGUGCAUUGUACAAAGGCUUCCAACGCUAUGAUAGAUGAUCCACGUUUGGCAGUGGAUACGAUGGAACGUACGAGUCAGCAGUUCGUUCCGGAGAAGCGAGCCAAUCACGUUCUCAAACCCGUCCCAUCGCAGCAUAGCUAUCAGCACGACCAACAUCAACAGCAACAUUAUCAGAGGCAUCAUCAUCAUGGACAGCCUCACGGACAAUACACAUUGCAGGGGGAGCAGCUGUUUCUCAAACCCGAUCGCUUAGCGACGUUGAAGCCCCAUUACAAGAGUGAAAAGCUGCCGCAAUACACGACCUUCAAGCCGAACAACUGAAGACUUUAUACUAUGUUUAUUUUGUAUACACGACAGAAAAAGCGAGAUAUGAAAAAAGAGCGAAUGGAGGAACGACACAAAAUCAAAUACAAAACUGUAGUUUUACUUCCAUCAUCCUCAAUUAUUAUGAGUGUGGAAUAUAUCUAAGAGAACUGCAUACACAUAUAUGCUUGUAAUAUUAUAUUAACUAUUCGUGUCGACGGGCGAAUCCAUGGUCGUGAUCGAAAGACGCAAGAACGACGGAAUUUUUUACUCUCAAAAUAUACUGCCAAUGUCGAAAGUAAAUGAUUGAUACGAUCUCAGAACUAAUCAAAGUAAAAACUACGCAUAUUUAUAACGCUUACAAUAAUAUUGUUAAUAAAACAAUGAUUUUCAUCAAUUACUAUUUUUACUGACUUAAGAGUAAGUAACUAUAAGUAUAGUGCAUUUUAUUAUCUACAAGCUGAACAUGAAUAAAUUAAUCGGUAUUGGCAACUAUUAUGCAUAUAAGUACGAAAAAA